UUGUAUAUCGCCCGUUAUGGAGGACUGCGGAGUUUAGCUAGCUCAUGUUCAACAGCACCACCGACGACCAUAUAGCUUAAUCAUGGUGAAUGUAAAGAAGCGGAAAGGUCGAGUCGUUAUCGACUCUGACUCUGAAGACAGUGCUAGUGAUGAUAAUUUAGAUCAGGAGCUUCUGUCUCUGGCCACCAAGAGGAAGAGGGUGGACUCGGAUGACCAGCAGGAUAACCAGCCAGUCAGCAAGCCUGCAGCCUCAUCAGACUCGGAGACAUCAGACAGUGACGAUGAGUGGACCGCCGGGGGUCCUAAAGUCAAGAAGAAAGUUAAGCCAGGGAAACCGACAACAACAGAGAAGAAGAAAGAGGCGGCGAAGAAGAAGAGGGUUCAUAAAGCUGCAGCGUCCGGUGGUUCUGGUAGAGACAGUUCAGCUGACAGUUCUGCCCCCGAGGAGGGUGAGGUGUCUGACUCCGAGAGCAACACCUCUGCUUCCAGCUCAGACUCCUCGUCGGAGGACGAUGUGUUCAGGGACGGCUACGGAGAGGACCUGAUGGGAGACGAGGAGGACAGGGCUCGGCUGGAGCAGAUGACUGAAAAGGAGAGGGAGCAGGAGCUCUUCAACAGGAUAGAGAAGAGGGAGGUGCUCAAGAGGAGAUUUGAAAUAAAAAAGAAACUGAAGACGGCGAAGAAGAAGGAGAAAGAGGAGAAGAAGAAGAAAGACGAGGAAGAACAGAAGAAGAGAUCAUCCGGUCAUCAUGAAGACCGGACUCAUCAGGACCUGCAGGUGGUGAUGUCCCACAACAAGGAGAGGAGAACUAAACGGGAUGAGAAGCUGGAUAAAAAGUCUCAGGCCAUGGAGGAACUGAAAGCGGAGAGAGAGAAGAAGAAAACCAGGACAGCGGAGCUCCUGGCGAAACGGCAGCCCCUGAAGACCAGCGAGGUGUACUCCGACGAUGAGGAGGAGGAAGAGGAGGAGGAUGACGACAAAUCCUCAGUAAAGAGCGAUCGCAGUUCACGCUCUUCAUCUUAUUCCGAAGACGAAGAGAAAGGGGAGACCCCACCAAAAUCUCAGCCCGUGUCACUGCCAGACGAGCUGAACCGGAUCCGUCUGUCCCGACACAAACUGGAGCGCUGGUGUCACAUGCCGUUCUUCCAGAAGACUGUCAGCGGUUGCUUCGUACGGAUAGGCAUCGGGAACAGUAGUAGCAAACCAGUUUACAGGGUAACGAGAUGUAUUUAUUCAGGCUGCUUCGUACGGAUAGGCAUCGGGAACAGUAGUAGCAAACCAGUUUACAGGGUAACGAGAUGUAUUUAUUCAGGCUGCUUCGUACGGAUAGGCAUCGGGAACAGUAGUAGCAAACCAGUUUACAGGGUAACGAGAUGCAUUUAUUCAGGCUGCUUCGUACGGAUAGGCAUCGGGAACAGUAGUAGCAAACCAGUUUACAGGGUAACGAGAUGCAUUUAUUCAGGCUGCUUCGUACGGAUAGGCAUCGGGAACAGUAGUAGCAAACCAGUUUACAGGGUAACGAGAUGUAUUUAUUCAGGCUGCUUCGUACGGAUAGGCAUCGGGAACAGUAGUAGCAAACCAGUUUACAGGGUAACGAGAUGUUUUUAUUCAGGCUGCUUCGUACGGAUAGGCAUCGGGAACAGUAGUAGCAAACCAGUUUACAGGGUAACGAGAUGCAUUUAUUCAGGCUGCUUCGUACGGAUAGGCAUCGGGAACAGUAGUAGCAAACCAGUUUACAGGGUAACGAGAUGUAUUUAUUCAGGCUGCUUCGUACGGAUAGGCAUCGGGAACAGUAGUAGCAAACCAGUUUACAGGGUAACGAGAUGUAUUUAUUCAGGCUGCUUCGUACGGAUAGGCAUCGGGAACAGUAGUAGCAAACCAGUUUACAGGGUAACGAGAUGUAUUUAUUCAGGCUGCUUCGUACGGAUAGGCAUCGGGAACAGUAGUAGCAAACCAGUUUACAGGGUAACGAGAUGUAUUUAUUCAGGCUGCUUCGUACGGAUAGGCAUCGGGAACAGUAGUAGCAAACCAGUUUACAGGGUAACGAGAUGUAUUUAUUCAGGCUGCUUCGUACGGAUAGGCAUCGGGAACAGUAGUAGCAAACCAGUUUACAGGGUAACGAGAU